CAAUGCAAUCCUACAACUCUACAACUUCCCGUCCACCCACCUCACCCCGCACCCAUCGCAGAAAUCCCCCAAAAAAUUUCCCAUCAAAAAAACCCUCGCCUCCUCGUGCUCCGCCGCCGCCACAGCUCCCGCGCAGAUCCGCCCGCCCGCGCCCAUGUCGACCUCCCCCCUCACCUCCUGGGCCGACGUCGCCGACGCCGAGCCCGCCGCUCCUCCUCCCGCUGCUGCCGCCGCCGCCCCCGCCCCCGCCCCGGCCGCCAACGGCCCCGCCCGUUCCUCCUACGUCCCUCCCCACCUACGCAAUCGCUCCUCCUCCGCAUCAGCCCCUCCCCCGUCCUCCGCCCCUCCCCCGCGCGCCGCCCCCGGCCUCCUCUCCCGCCCUGGCGUCGGCAGCUUCGGUGCCGGGGGCGGCGGUGCCAGGCCCCGCCCGGGUCGGUGGGACCGCGAGCCGAACCCCUUCGCGGCCGACGAGGCCGCAGAUGCCGCCGCCGCCGCCGCCGCCGCCGCGGACCCCACCCCGUUCGAGGAGCACCAGAACACGGGGAUCAACUUCGACGCGUACGAGGACAUCCCCGUCGAGACCAGCGGCCGGGAGGUGCCGCCGCCGGUCGCCACCUUUUCCGACAUCGACCUCGGCGAGGCGCUCAACGAUAACAUCCGCCGGUGCAAGUACGUUCGCCCGACCCCCGUGCAGCGGCACGCGAUCCCGAUCUCGCUGGCCGGGCGGGACCUUAUGGCGUGCGCGCAGACCGGGUCCGGGAAGACGGCUGCCUUCUGCUUCCCCAUCAUCAGCGGCAUCUUGCGGGGCCCGCCCGCUCAGAGGCCGCAGCGGGGAGGGAUGAGGACCGCGUGCCCACUCGCUCUCAUCCUCUCGCCCACCAGGGAGCUCUCCAUGCAGAUUCAUGAUGAGGCGAAGAAAUUUUCGUAUCAGACUGGUGUUAAGGUGGUUGUUGCAUACGGAGGAGCACCGAUUACUCAGCAGUUAAGAGAUCUUGAGAGGGGUGUUGACAUUCUUGUGGCUACUCCUGGUCGUUUGGUUGACUUGUUAGAAAGGGCAAGAGUAUCUUUGCAGUCAAUUAGAUACCUUGCCCUUGAUGAGGCAGAUAGAAUGCUCGAUAUGGGAUUUGAACCACAAGUUAGGAGAAUUGUUGAGCAAAUGGACAUGCCUCCACCAGGUGUCAGGCAGACAUUGCUGUUUAGUGCGACAUUCCCAAAAGAAAUCCAGAGAAUGGCAUCAGACUUCCUGGAGAACUACAUCUUCCUAGCUGUUGGAAGAGUUGGAUCGAGUACUGAGUUGAUUGCCCAAAGAAUUGAGUUUGUGCAGGAGGCAGAUAAAAGAAGCCACCUGAUGGAUCUGCUACAUGCUCAAAGAGAUACUGGAAAGCAAGCUCUCACACUUGUCUUCGUGGAAACCAAAAGGGGUGCUGAUUCAUUGGAAAGCUGGUUGUGUAUGAAUGGGUUUCCAGCUACUUCUAUUCAUGGAGAUAGAAACCAGCAGGAAAGAGAAUUUGCUUUGAGAUCCUUCAAGAGUGGCCAAACUCCUAUUCUAGUUGCAACUGAUGUGGCAGCUCGUGGCCUCGACAUUCCUCAUGUUGCUCAUGUAGUGAACUUCGAUCUCCCCAAUGAUAUUGAUGACUACGUACACAGGAUUGGAAGGACUGGGAGAGCAGGAAAGAGUGGCCUUGCAACUGCUUUCUUCAAUGAGAAUAACUCAUCAAUGGCAAUGCCUCUUGCUGAACUAAUGCAAGAAUCUAACCAGGAAGUACCUGCAUGGCUCACACGCUAUGCAGCUCGCCCAUCUUAUGGUGGUGGAGGGAGGAACCGACGACCUGGAGGUGGGGGCCGCUUUGGUGGCCGUGACUUCCGCAAUGACUCUUCCUCAUUUGGCAAGGGGGGUGCUCGAGGUGGUGGUGACUAUGGUGGAGGAAGCAGUGGUGGUUAUGGUGGUUCCUCAUCAUAUGGGGGUGGUGGCUACGGUGCUGCUGGGGCUCCCAGCGCCUGGGAUUAAUGUUAAAGUUGCUCCCUAGUAGGGUUUGCCAAGUUUCGCAUUAGGUAUACAUUUUUGGUAGGAGCUGUUAUACAAUGACAGUACAAGGUGAAUUGUGUCAUCCCCUUUUUUCUUUUGGUUACUACCGCUGCAGUCUUAUCUUGCAGAAGUCCAUUAUGGAGAGCGUCUUGAGGACUUUCAAGCACACAAGAGAUUCCUGGUUAGGAAUAGAAUUUCCAGUUCUGAAAUUCCUAGUUAGGGAUAGUUGUUGUGUUGCUAGGCUGACAUUUAGUGCUUGAUGCGAAGUUUCCACCUUUGCUUUUUUCCUUGGUCCAUGUCUCAUUUUGUUGGUCGGUGGGUUGUAGAGCUUGCGGUGAGAGGGGCUCUUGCGGGACGAUUUUUGUCCGGGAUUCGAUUUUGUACACCCAGAGGUUGAACAUGAGGUAGGAUGAUAUAGUCCUUUAGAUCCUGUUGUAACGUAUGUACUUUGAAGUGAGGCUGGAAGGAAUAAAUUAUCUAGGUUUAGAGGAAGAAGGGGGAAGUUCUGAUGUUUUUGUCUAAGAUACUUGGUAUUGUGUACUGUGAAUUUGUUCUGGAUGGAGUUAAACUAAUAUACUCAUUAUCAUCCAAA